AUGAGUUCUAACCCGCAACUAAGACGUCAAGUCAUAAACAUCUACAAGGAGCUCCUAUAUCUAGGAAGAGAAUAUCCUCUUGGCUUUGAUUACUUUCGACCUCGGUUGCACAAAGCCUUCAUUUCCAAAGCUGGAGAGCGCGAUGAGGAUAAGAUUCGCCAGGGAAUUGCGCAGGCUGAAUACGUUAAGAAGGGUACUAUCUGA